AUGUUUUUGAAACUCGAGAGACAACAGUUCAGAGCCAUAAGGAUCGCUCUGGGAUAUAGAAUCUCUACGCCAAUAAACGUCAUGUUGACGGAGGCCAAGGAAGUUCCUCUAAAGAUAAGAUUCACAUAUCUCAUAGAUAAAUAUCUUUAUAAGGUAUAUUCCCAUAAAUUUAGUAUUGUCACUCGCAGCCUACGAAGCAUUGACAUCUCCACCCACUCCGAUGCGGUCAGAGAAAAAGCUAGGAAGACCCUCCCCGUAUACGAUAGAUACUGUGCUACAAAGCACGUCCUAGACAGAAUACAUCGCUCCACGUUUCUACCGGCUUUCGACGACACUUAUCAACUCUCUAUUUACAAGAAAGACAUCGACCUGUCAUUAACAGAUAUACAAAAAGACACUCCUUCACACAUCGCGCGCGCCAAGUUUGAAGAGCAUUUUGAAGAACUAUCGCUUGAGGCUACGUCUUUUUACACAAAUGGUUCCAGAUCAGAUUAUUCCCCAGUCGGAGCUGCUGGCAUCUACUCUCCCAGCAUUGAUUUCAUAAUAACUCACAAGCUUCCUUCAUUUGUCUCUAUCUUCACUGCUGAGGUAUGGGCCAUAUUGCAUGCAAUCAUUGCAAUUAUCGACUUGAAUAUUACCGAAGCUAAUAUCUUCACAGACUCCAGGAGUGUUCUGAUGGCCCUCGCCUCAUCGGAUCACAAGCAAGGUAACUACCUAAUACAUCGGAUCAAGAAAAAACUCAUCGCUGCGGAAAGAGAAGGAAGGAAAAUCAUCCUCUGCUGGGUCCCAGCACACAAGGGGAUUCCCGGCAACGAGAAGGCGGAUCGCCUUGCGAAGUGGGCUACAACAAGAAGUGCCAAACCUGCGUUUGAGGUUCCUUUCUCUGAUCUCCAAGUGGAGGCAAAAUUACAUCAAACAAAUUCUUACAAACACUAUCUGGAAGAAAUUUCUCUUGUUAAAGGCACGCAAUACUCCGAGCUUUACCUGAAUGAUUCUCAAAAAACAUGGUAUUUCAAUAAAGGUUUAAACAGGGAAGAAAUUGUCAGUAUAUCUCGCAUCCGGAGCAAUCAUUAUAAUCUAAACUAUAGCUUGUUCAGAAAAAACAUCGUUGAUUCUCCCGAGUGCCCAUGCGGCGAGUCCAGAGUUGACCAAUUUUAUUCACUGCAUUGUGCCAUCGAUGGAAAACAUGUAACAAUUCAAUGUCCCAACAAUGCUGGUUCCACGUACUACAACUAUAAGAAUGCUCAUAGUGUAGUAUUGAUGGCCAUUUGUGAUGCACGUUAUCUAUUCCGUUUCGUUGACAUCGGGGCAUAUGGACGACGAAGCGAUGGAGGUAUUUUCGGCAGCAGUGUUAUGGGCAAGAACUUCAAUGCAAACGGCAUGAAUGUACCGAAGCCAUCAGCUGUUGCAGGAGGACGAAUUCUGCCAUACUGUCUUGUAGGAGACGAAGCGUUUCCUUUAAAACCAUAUAUGCUUCGCCCUUAUCCAGGCAAGAAUGGGCUGUCACAGGAACAGGACAUAUUCAAUUAUCGAUUAACCCGUGCGAGAAGGAUGAUCGAAAAGGUGAGCCGCGUAGGCAUGCGAAUGCCGGAAUUUACGCCCGCGGAUCCGGAACUAUGGUUUAGCAUAGUCGACCGUAGUUUCCAAGCGGCCGGGAUCACCGUCGAUGCGACGAAGUUCGGUUACGCGCUUACUGCAAUCGGCCCGCGGUAUACUGUGGAAGUGCGCGACGUCAUCAUGAAUUCGCCGGCGGAAAACGCGUACGAGACGUUAAAAGCGGAGUUGAUCAAACGGCUUAGUCUCUCUCAGGAGCAUAAAACCCGAAGGCUCCUAGAACACGAGGAAAUCGGGGAUCGAAAACCCUCAAAAUUCCUAAGGCAUCUCCGAAGCCUUGCCGGAAGCGUAGUCGGGGAUGGCGUGUUACGCACAAUUUGGUUGUCUCGAUUGCCCGCGUACAUCCAGCCACAUUUAGUGAAUGUUAUCACAUACCUCGGUGGUCUGAAGCUCAUGUAA